ACACAAAGCCUCAACUGUACAUUGUUAAAUAAACUAGCCUGUAUUUCUCAACUUCCCACCCAAGAAAAUAAUGAAGAGUUUGUACUUAUUGAGUAGCCGCUUAACUUUUCCACCACUAAUUCAACCAACUCCGAAUCGAAAAAAUAGCGGAAACUUUACCGUACACGCAGCAAAAUCUGGUGGAUUCUCGUUCAAAUCUUGUCAAACAUGUAAAGGCCAAGGUGCAGUAGAAUGCCAGGGGUGUAAGGGGACAGGAAAGAACAAGAAGAAUGGAAAUAUUUUCGAACGAUGGAAGUGCUUUGAUUGUCAAGGAUUUGGAAUGAAGGGCUGCCCUGUUUGCGGCAAAGGAGGAUUAACACCAGAACAACGUGGCGAAAGAUAAUUUGUCGAAAACCAGACACGUUAUUUUAUUUCGUUUUAAUUUCCUUAUGUAACAGCUUUCUUGAAUCAAUACAUGUGUGUCCUUAAUCGAGAACGGCAUAAAAAGUUUAAGUGGCGGUACAAAUCAAAGUCCCGUUAUCUCGAUAAAGUUUGCAUCCGGUUUUAGCUAAGCAGCAAUUGCACACCGGUUCGAGCUUUUGAGAACCCGAAGAAGGGCAAGUCAUAUAAAUACCUUGAUUGAUAAUGCAGUACAAUGGGCAGACUU